GUUCGUUCAAAAAAGUGCUGCCUAAGACAUAAAGAUAUCUGGAUAAACUAAUGGCUAUGAACUCGGCCCUUUUUUUGUUGUGGAUGUAGACGUGGCCUCACAUAUCACCUCGUAUUGUCCUUCAUAAGCUCGGCAGUGGUUAGCAUAUCUUGGAACCCGACCCCACGGGUUUGAUUGUUCAUUUCGACGUGCGGUUACCAUCAAAGAUUCUUUAGUUGUUCAGAUCAUUCGGGCUGCGGCAAGAUCCAGUAGCGAUCGAAAGAUCGGUGUCAACCGGCCAACGGUAUGGACGCGACUCCAGGCGGAACAGCCAAAAAGUUAAAGGCGUGCACCAAUUGCACAAAUGCAAAGACAAAAUGCACGCCUUAUGGAAAUUUGAACAACCUGUGUGAACGAUGCCAUCGAUUGGGCAAGGCUUGUCACUACGCCGAAGCCACCGUUCGACCAAAGAAGAACCGAUUGUCAUCAAGAAAGCAGCUUGAGGAAAAAGUGGACAGCUUGGUGAACCUGCUUUCCACCAUUCGAAACAACUCGCCAUCCGGCAAUAUUGACUCAUCUGUCCCUGGUGGCAGGUCCUCUGCCGUUCCGAUUCGGAGUUCAUCAUCUUUCAAAGGAUCACCUGGAACAGAUUCUGCGCUUGGCUCAUCGCAUGUAGACACACCAAAUGUGUCUCCCGAAAAUCCGCCCGCAGAUGUUCUCGAAUCAAUUCCGAUCGAGAUACAGAAUCAUAGAUUCUCACUUUAUUGCCGAGAAUAUGUGCAAGCCUUCCCCUUCGUCACUUUUGCACCGUCAGAGACAGUGUCGACAAUGCAGAUUAACCGCCCUUUGACAUUGAAGUCUCUCAUUGCUGUCACCUUACAUGAAGACAUGAACCUUCAACGAAAAGCAAUUCACGAGAUGAAUGCCAUGAUUAAGAAAGCCAUGAUGUCGAGGGCGACGUAUAGCUUCGACCUACUCCAAGCGAUCCUAAUCCAGAUUGCCUUUUAUCAUUUGCAGUUUCGGAGUCACACUCAGGAGCUGUUAUUGUUCCUCAAUUUUGCUAUUACUCUUGCACAUGAAGUCGGCAUCGACAAGAGUCCCAGCGACAGAAGACUUGGUAUGACCGCACAUGCCCUGACCACCGCGCCUAUGGAAGGAGUGAAGUACGAACAAUGGCGUGCGUUACUUGGUGUGUAUUACGAAGCGGCAAUUUUCGCCCAAGCAUUCCGUAAGCCGCGAUUAAUGCAAUAUACCAAGUAUAUGGAGCAAUGCCGCCGAAGAUUACUUGAUGCACUCGAAAUGCAAACCGACUAUUCGAUAGAUGUCUUGAUAGGUUUGCAGAAUAUUUGCUUAGAUGCACUCGACGUCUUUACCCUUUACGAUUUUGAGAAUCCGGAAAUAAGCGGUGACCUUGCCAUCAAAACGAUAAUUCACGGUAUGAUGGAAAGACUACGGGCUAUCGAAGAGAAAGCCCAAAAGGAUCGAAACUCUUCGUUACUCCCUCACGAAGUUCGACUGCUCAUGUACGCUCGAACUUAUGUUCACGAAGUCGCUGUUCACAAGGAUUUCUGGCAAGUGCCAUCGGAACUAAAUGGGUCUGCUAUAUCGACUAUACGGACCCAACUGGGCUGGAAGGGCCUUGCGCUGGCGAAAGAGCUCGCCACGUAUUAUGCCAAUUUACCUUCCGCGGAGUGGCUGAAGCUGGACACGGGGCCAUGUACUCAAAUGUUGUAUUCUCUUAUUAUGCUCAACAAGUACGUUUCACUGGACAGUGCAGAUACUGCACCAAACUCAGCCAAUCACUGGGACGUCCAACUGGCUUUUAGAGAAGCAGAAUUACACAAGCUCGGCACUAGGAUUAUCGAGCAACUGUCCGCACUAGUUGUGACAGACAAGCUCUACGACGACAGUCGACCGAUAUGGUGGGCACUUGGCUGGAUAAUCAAAAAUAUGGUCUACGGUCACCAGCAACGGAUAUGUGCUGGACAGCUGUCGUUUCAGCGACCAUCCAAAGACGAGCCACUUACGACGAUCAGGACCCCUGUCUUACAAGAGACUCCAGCUGAAGAUCAGCCUACGCCUGAUAUCCCGAGGGACGAUAAACCGCCAGAAAUUCCUUUUGCAACAUCAUUUCCAGAUGUCACAUUUGACAAUUCAGUUAUGUGGGCAGAAGGGUUUCAAACUGCCAUGUGGGACACGAUGAUGAACGACAUGACCACCCUGCCAUUCGGCUAGAUCUUAUUGCAAGGAACAUCAUAUCUUUUCCUUUUCUUUUUUUUUGGUUUAUGGAGCCAUUUUGUAUCGAAUAUGUAUUAUACAUAGUUUUUAAGUAAAGGCAGAUCCUACUUCGAGCCUUAUGCAAAAAGAGCUGGCAACCCAUAGGGCGGCUGCUAUGUGUUCUAUAUUAUCAUUACAUUCUAGCAAUGUUGGAACUAGCCUAGGUGUGGGUAUAAAGGCAGCUCGGCUCAUUCGAAAGAUUCUCGUACAAGAUCAUUGAUG